GAUCACAAAUCCACAAAUUCAAACAACAUGUGGUAUGGCUAUUGAUACUUUGCAAAUCGCAACAAGCAGCAUAAGUCUCACCGACAUUCUAUCCAUCUCGUUUUGCCACUUGGAGGUAGUAUCGCUCCGACGAAAUAGACGCCCAUUGAAAUUAUCAUACGGAACUCACACCCGCCUCUGUAUAGCCGUAUCACAAUUGGUGGAAUAUCGCACUCCUCGAUCUGGACCUGUCUCGACCACAUCUCCAGGGCCCUGCUGGCCUUAUAUCGAGGAAAGCACGCCACGAGCCACCAAUAAGGGGUUUCCCAUUACGAUGUACAUCCUACAUGCGCCGCGUAGAGAUCCUUAUACAGACCCCGUCUAGAUCGUCCACCGGGAUAUUUAAUCCUUGUAGGGAGGGGUCUUGUUUUCUCCGGCUAGCCGCAGCAGUAUCCUGCAACGUUAACAUUGUGCGAGAGACGCUAGUGUGGAUAGCGUAAGAAUCGACUACUCUGCUCUACGCGAGAUGCGAAUCCAUGUGCAGGAUAAUCAAUGUAAGAAUUAGAAGGCGUGAUUUUCGUAGAAUCUAGAUCGAGACUUUAUGAAUUGCUAGGGUCGUCAACGGAGGUAACAUCGUCUCGUUGUUAAGUUUUCAGAAUGUAUAUGCGUUGGUGUGAUGUGGACUUUGGAAUCCCUAUGCACGAUGGUUACUGUAAUUGGCAUUGUCGCCGAUGCUUGCCAUGGGCUGGAGUAAGAUACAGUUGAACCUUGCAGUGGGAGAAUCUCUAAAUAGAUGCAUGAAAAAAAAGGCACUUGUCGUUUUCUAUGUAAUCACCGAGGUCGUUGAAUUAUCCGCUUCUAUUUCCUUUUCGUCUUUUCUCAUUCUCAUUACUUACCUGUCUGAUCCUGAAUAUCAGCUGUUCGACAAGAAGCAUCUUUUCGAGGCAUUGCUAGAUUCAUCUAUUCAUCAUCAUCAUCAUCAUCAAAAAAGAAGUUUUACAAUCAAGUGAAUCAGUACAUCUAGUGACCAAGUCGCACUAUCUCAUCAAUCGACUCCAUCAAAAUGACCGAGAAGGAAGAAUUUGAAGUCUAUCCAGAAGCUCUGAAUGAAACUGAGGAUGACAUCAUCAAACCCGAGACUAUCAAAGAAAGAAGUCUGAGGGUACUCUCCCGAACAAAAAGCGCAGCGAGCUGGAAAGAUCCCGGCCCUCCUCCAGAUGGCGGAGUUGUCGCGUGGACGCAAGUCUUGGUGGGCCAUUUGAUCAUCAUGAAUACCUGGGGCUUCAUAAACUCGUUUGGUGUCUUUCAAGAGUACUAUAUCGAUUUUCUUGGUCGUUCCCCAUCGGAUGUAUCGUGGAUUGGGAGUAUCCAGGUAUUUCUCGUGUUCUUUAUUGGAACUUUUACUGGCCGUCUUACCGACGCAGGCUAUUUUCGUCCUGUUUUUUUGGUUGGGACUGUACUCAGCGUGAUAGGCAUGUUUAUGGCCUCCCUAUCCACGAAGUACUGGCAACUAUUCCUUGCUCAGGGAAUCUGCUGUGGUCUCGGUAAUGGGUGUUUGUUCUGCCCAGCGCUAUCAGUUGCAUCUACAUAUUUCUCAAAAAACAAGAUGUUAGCCGUCGGCAUUUGUGCAUGUGGUAGUGCUACCGGAGGCUUGAUCUUCCCAGUCAUGUUUCAACAACUAAUCACACCUCUUGGCUAUGGAUGGACCAUGCGAAUCUUCGGGUUUUUCACCACAGGCUGCUUGACAAUCUGUAACAUACUAGCGAAACCGAGGCUUCCGCCUCGUAGAACAGGUCCUAUUAUUGAGCUUGCCGCCUUCAAAGAAGCAUCAUACACCUUGUUUGCCAUGGGAAUGUUUCUAGUCUUUUGGGGCGUCUAUUUUGCAUUCUACUACUUGAGCUCUUUCGGAGUCGACAUCAUCAACAUUCCCCAGAAAGAAUCGUUCAACAUGUUUCUGAUCCUCAAUGGCGUUGGCAUUAUAGGCCGCACUGUCCCCGCAUAUUUAGCAGACCGAUACACAGGUCCCAUGAACAUCCUCCUCAUGGUCACCGUAGCAUGUAUCAUAUGUGCAUAUGCAAUGAUCGGUGUUACAUCUCGAGGAGGUCUCUACGCAUGGGCAGUGGUAUAUGGAGUUGUUGGAAAUGCUCUUCAGAUGAUGUUUCCGGCAACAUUGAGUAGCUUGACCACGGAUCUGAAGAAAGCGGGUGUGAGAAUGGGAAUGAUUUUUACAAUCGUGAGCUUCGCAGUGCUGACAGGUCCACCCAUCGCUGGUCUUUUGAUCACGAGAGAUGAUGGUAGCUACCUGUAUGCCCAGCUGUUCGCGGCAACAUCUCUGCUGCUAGGAUUCUUUUUCCUCUGCGCAGCUAGAUUUGUGGUGACGGGCAAAGUCUUACUUUACAAGAUCUAGGAUUCAAGGUAUAUACAAUGACGCGAACACGCCAUAUCAUGUUGGAUUUCAAUGCUACAAUACGGUCAAUCGGAAACAGAGCUUUUCCAUGUCUAUGCAGGCACGUCGGCAAUGUAGAUAGCAUAAAUAUCGCGCCUAAGAUCAAACUCUUCACAUCAUCCACAACCAACCAGUUGCAUAUAACAGCACUUCUACCAUCUACAACACCUUGGAUCAUUAUAGAGGAGCAUACGUUGAACACAAAAUAUUGAAAGUCGAAAAAAGAAACGAGAUAUCAUACUUAACAGAAAAAAUUCGAAUGUUUUCCCCA